GAUUUGGCUCCACCACACUUUCCAGGCUCCUCCCCUCCUUCCUGGUUCCCCUUCGGCCCAGCUUCCCCAGUUGCACGUGUAGUUGUUGUGGUUCUGUCUCACGUGGCCACUGAAGGGCCUGCGUUACACGCCCCGCCCCCAACAUGGCGGCUCCCAGUGCCGCGGGCCGCGACCUGCCUCUGCUCAGCUUUGAAUUAUAGGCCUGACUGAGUCUUUGGGGCCAUGGACCAACCUGGGUUCACAGCCUCGCUGGUGGCUGGUGGGGUAGCAGGUGUCUCUGUGGACUUGAUAUUAUUUCCUCUGGAUACCAUUAAAACCAGGCUGCAGAGUCCCCAAGGAUUUAAUAAGGCUGGUGGUUUUCGUGGAAUAUAUGCUGGUGUUCCUUCUACUGCUAUCGGAUCCUUUCCUAAUGCUGCUGCCUUUUUCAUCACCUAUGAAUAUGUAAAAUGGUUUCUGCACUCUGAUUCAUCUUCAUAUUUGAUGCCUGUGAAGCAUAUGUUGGCUGCCUCUGCUGGAGAAGUGGUUGCCUGCCUGAUUCGAGUUCCUUCUGAAGUGGUUAAGCAGAGGGCACAAGUGUCUGCUUCUUCAGGAACAUUUCGCAUUUUCUCUACCAUCUUAUAUCAAGAGGGCAUCCAGGGAUUGUAUCGAGGCUACAAAAGCACUGUUUUAAGAGAGAUUCCUUUCUCAUUGGUCCAGUUUCCCCUGUGGGAGUCCUUAAAAGCCCUCUGGUCCUGGAGGCAGGAUCAUGUGGUGGAUUCUUGGCAGUCAGCAGUCUGCGGAGCUUUUGCAGGUGGGUUUGCAGCUGCAGUCACCACGCCCCUGGACGUGGCAAAAACAAGAAUCAUGUUGGCAAAGGCGGGUUCCAGCACUGCUACUGGGAAUGUACUCUCUGCCCUGCACGGGGUCUGGCGGAUGCAGGGGCUGUCAGGAUUAUUUGCAGGUGUCUUACCCCGAAUGGCAGCAAUCAGUCUGGGAGGUUUCAUCUUUCUUGGUGCUUAUGACCGAACUCGCAGCUUUGUCUUGGAACUUGGCCGAGAGAGGCCGUGACUCAGAGACAGCCCCUUCUCUCAAGAAUGGGUCCUGCUGUGAGAACCAUCUCCCUUCCAGUGAGCAGCUGUUCGGCCAUCGGAACAAAACACGGCGGGAAAACCCAGUUCUACUCAGAUUUCGACACUGAGAAUGCAUCUUCCGUGCUACAGGCUGGCGGGAAUGACGUCAUUAGCCUCUUUGCCAGAGAGAGAAAAUGAUGUCCACAGCGGUACUUGGAACAAUUUUCUCAGAACCCCUUAAUAAAUAAGUGUGGCAGCGCUGA